AAUAACUAAAAGCUUUGCAUAUACGUACAACGUUACACUGGCAUAUACGUAACACCUAGGAGGUGCAGAACCCAUCGAUAGCGAGAGUGAAAAGUGAAGGUGGUGGAUGCCAAAGACGAAAGAAGAAAGAGUCGUCAACAGCAGAGCAGAGUGAAUAUACAAACCGCAAUCGGACUCCACAGUGCGGUACGCGACUUCAACCCAAACGCAGCAAUGUCCGCCUGCGAAGACUUUCACUGAUCGCGACCGCGGCUUCGAGAAAAUAAGAAAUCAACCGGCGCCGAAUCAAGUGUGCUUCGGAAAUGGUCAACCGUGUGUAUGUCAUCGCCAGGCGAGAAAGUGCCGUCUUCAUAUGUUGCUAUUUGCUGUUGGCCCUUUGUAUAGCCGGUAUUUACGCACAAAAGUCAAAGGAAAGGAAAAAACCAGAAUCAGUAAACGAGCUAUUCAACACCAGCUCCUGCAUCCCCAAGCCAUAUAGAUGUCCUCAUCGACAGAUUCAGUUCUUUCUGUAUACUAGACGUACUCAAGAGAAUCCUGAAGUUCUAGACACAACCAAAGAUGAGUCGCUGUACCAGAGCAGGUUCAACAGAGCCUAUCCGACAAAAAUCGUCAUCCAUGGAUUUGGAGGCGGCAGAAUGUAUUCUCCUAGCACUGAUAUGAGGGAUGCGUACUUCUACAGGGGUAACUACAAUAUUAUCAUUGUGGAUUAUGGGACACUCGUGAAAGAACCAUGUCUAAAGCAAAUGGAAUGGGCACCCAGGUUCUGCGCAAAGUGCAUAGCCCAGUUGAUCCGCUACUUGACCCAACAUCCAAGAGGUCUUCGAGCAGAUGACCUUCACCUUAUUGGGUACAGUGUAGGUUCCCACAUCGCAGGAUUAGUCGCCAAUUAUUUGGAUCCUUUGAAGGACGGCAAGUUGGGAAGAAUCACUGGUUUGGACCCCACGAUCUUCUUCUAUAUGGGGUCAAAUUCCUCCAGGGACUUGGAUCCAACAGAUGCUCACUUUGUUGACGUUCUCCAUACGGGGGCAGGCAUUUUGGGUCAAUGGGGCCCCAGCGGACAUGCGGAUUUCUACAUAAACGGAGGGUCCAGUCAGCCUGGGUGUAGUAGUGAAACUGUUUUCAAAACCUUGGCUUGUGAUCAUACCAGAGUAACGCCGUUCUUCAUAGAAUCGAUAGUGACCAAGAAAGGAUUUUGGGCAUAUCCUUGUCCCACACUUCUUAGCUUCAUGAUCGGCUGGUGUAAACCUGAAGACCAUGAGUAUGUUCUUAUGGGCGAACAUAUCAACCGAAAAGCAAAAGGCAUCUACUACGUCAGAACUAACCCAGACCCGCCUUUUGCCCAAGGCCCUCCAGAGCAUCUGAAAAGAAAAGCUUUGCAGUAUCUGAAAAGGAAGAGAUCAAAUAACCGAUCGAACUAGUGCUUGCAUAUAUAGUCCGGUCAAACUAACACGUUUUUUUUUCUUGAAAACAUAAUAGUAGAUACCUUGUCGUUCUAGUGCAAAGGUAACUUCAUUGUUGCUUGACCGGACUGUUCCUGUGAUAGUAAUUGUUAGUGGAGGAAGAAGUUUAUAUCAUUUGACCUAGUAUAGCCAUUUGUUACCAAAAAAUGCCAGCCAUCACUGUGUCCUUGCGAUUUUAUUGUAAAUAGAGAAUUUUAUUUUUAUACUAGAAUAUGCUUCUUAUUGUACUGUACCUUUAGUAUAUGGUGUAUCAGGUAAAUCAUUUGUUUCUUUGAGAUCCAAAGAACUUAGUAUAUGUUAGAAGAGGUAACGGAUAACUGGUCAAAAUCGCCAAGACUUACUUGUACAUAUCGCUAUUUUUGUAGAAUUGCAGACUAACAAAUAUUUCCUCGGUAUAUCAUAGUAAGCAAUUAUACAAGAUUAUUCUUAUUUGAAUGACUUUUGCAGCUGCAUCAUUAUAAGGCUAAUAUUUAAGGCCAAAUGGAUCUAUUAUGAUCCCCCUUCGUUUUUGCUCUAAUUGACUGUUCCACCAUUCUAGGGACUUUAGUACUGUUUGGUAUAUAUUUUUGCCAUACCAGGAAAGGCUCUGGACUCUCUUGCAUAUCUCGAGUUUCCAAAAUGGCCAGUAUAGUAGCACGCCUAUCUGCACUUUUUCAAGAAAAAAUAACCUUUUGCCGCACCUAUAGACUUAAAGAAUGAAAUGCAAAUGAAAAUGUUAUCUAUUCACAAAAAUUGUAUUUUCGGAUAAUUAUGCCUCCUCCUUGAGUUAAGGAACAGACACUGAUAUCCUUUGCAACUAGGUCGUUGCAUCUUAUGGGCAUUGCUCUACGUACUAUUUCGAAAUUUUAGGAAGCAUUUGAAACCUGUUUAAAGUUACCAACGAUAACGUCAUUUCAUCUGUUGUAAUGGUUUCGUUUAAGACGUAGAGAUAUGCGGCUACUCAAACUGCUGUACAUUAACCAUAAUUGCAUCAGUGAAAGUUACGGCAUAUUACAUGUGUAUCAUAGGUAAUUUAUGUCAUAAUUUGUAGGUAUUUAUUUUUUAAAAUUAAUUGGAAGGUAGAAGAGUGUAAAAAUGUAUUAACGACUGAAACUAGUAAGUAAGAGCAAAUAUAGCUUUUUAUUAAUUA